AUGGCUGGAGAGGAAGCCAACCCACACCGCAACUUCGACCGCAUGAACAUCUGGCUCGUCGGUGGAUGGUCCUGGCUUUCAAAAUACCGCUCGCAUUAUGAAAUGGACCAGACGAGUUGGAAGAGCAAUAAUCUAGUCAGAGAUUAUUACAUUCGAAAGGCAUGUUUCAAUACUCUCGACCAAGCUGGACAGCCAUGGACGAGCGACUACGGCCUAGACAAUUCAGCACCGUACAUGAGCUGGGAAGCCCUUUUCAAAUACAGCGACGUCGCAGCAGAAGACGAUGAUGACAAUGACGGUGACAAUGAGUUCAGUCGCAUCACCAAGCUUCAUGUGCUUCUCGAGGUACAGUUGGUACUUCGGUACCAUGCAAGUGCUGCUUGCCUGUCGAAAUCCCAGGACUGGGGUGCUGUGGCCCAGGGCCCCAGAUCAACAACAAAACUUGGCAACGAUAUGCAGAUCUGGCUACUUGGUGGACAACCAGUAGCCCAGCGUGUGGCGCGACAUCCAGAAGAGUUCAAGGAUACAGAAUUCCACGACAGAAUUUUGCUGGAGGAAGCAACAUCGCCGGCAAUACACCGGGAAGUCAUAUUACUGGCCAAUGACGGUUCUGAAGAUGAGAGAAUUGAUAAUAUCAUCGAUGACUCACAAUUCAUGGAACAAUUGGACAAGGACAUUGGAUUGAUCGGUGGCGGUAUUUUAGCCGACGAAAUGGGCCUAGGGAAGACCUUCACCAUCAUGCUUCAUUACGUGAUCUCGCAAUGGAUCCGUAUUUUGCAAGAUGACGUCCAUCAUGCCCGCGCCACAGGCAAUACCAGACACCAUGCAGAGGGCUCUGGGAUCGAUCACCGCCACAAGAUCCGCAUGAGAUACUGGGAGGUUCCUUGGGCAGUCAAUCUUAUGCUAUCAAUAUGUGAUAUCAACUUUCCAGAUAUCAUGAUAUCUAGGGAAGGUAUUCAUCCUCUCGAAAACAAACAAAGAAGUCACACGGCGCAAUCUAGGCUGCCUCCGUCUGGAGUUGGUGCACGCCUUGAGUCGGAAACUCAUCUGGAUACUCCUCACAGCGCAUGGGACCGAGAGCUCCCUCGCCCCAUCAUGGCCGAAGACUGGUCCUUUUUUUCACCUACCUGGGUUACAGUACUUCACAUGCAUGUCGGUACAAGAUCCUGCGGUAAUUUUCCAGUCUCCACUCUCAACGACGACAGGGAUACCACUAUCGAUGCUGUCCCCAUUCUACCACGCGGAAACGGCACUGACCAUUCGCGCCCAGAGUGCCGUAAUCCCAACGCACCAUUUUCCUUUUAUGCGUGCAUAUCUGGCGGUAUUGCGCAGAAGUCCAAUAAGUGCUUAUAUCACGGGCAUGUGGGUGAUCUUGUGGUUGCCUUCUCUGGUUUGCUUUUCCGUCAUUCUAGAGAUGGGGAUCACGACUGUGUCUUUAGCAGUGAAAUUCUGCUCGAUGACCUCGCCUUUCGCGUCUGGGAUGCGAUAGAUCAUGGGCCAGCUAUUCGAAAGUUAUGA